UCGGUGGCCAGUAGCUCAGGUUAGUCGGGUCUGUCUGUUCGUCGGAGAACGGCUGUCUCGAGACAUUUCUUAGUUCCGAUCAGGACCAAAAAUCGCAGCAAUCAGCGCGCAAUUAACCCCCGAUUUCAACAUGGCUCCUGCCAUAAGCACGACGACCAGCACCCCCAUUAGCUCCACCGCGUCGGUGGUAAAGGGUACACUUAACACCACUGAAAGUGCGAGUUCGGUGUGGCAGUACGAGAACACCACACCCGUCACAAUUUGGAUCAACGACGGCGGCUACGAUGGUCCGUUCAUGUUCUUUUAUCCCAGCUAUGUCAUUUACAUUGUGCUGGUCUUCCUGUUUGUCAUCGCCUUUCCUCUGGCCAUGAUUAUGAGCGCCAAACGCAAGCGAGAGGCCAAUGCGCGGAAUCUCGCACAGCAGAGACAACGAGCCCGUCGCCAAAUGGAGAUCAAUGUGACGAACAAUUGCAACGGCGGCUCCGGAGGAGCCGGAAACGUGUGCUCAAACAGACAGGACGAAGUCAGUGUGCUACCCAAGACCUUGGACUUGCCGCCCAGCUACGACGAGGCUGCUUUUAGCGAGCGAAAGCAGGACAGCACACUGACUAUAGCCACCAACUUGGAAGCGAGCAAUCCCAAUUUGGCGGCUGGAACUAACGAACCGCCGCCGGUUUACGAGGCGAAUGUGGCCACAACGACCACGUCCACCACCACCACCGUAUUCUUGGUCAACGGCCAACCACCAGUGGUGUAACUCAGCAUUGGACUUCUGAGAAAUUUAUUAUUUUUUAUACAUCCUACAAGACACUGUACAGUGUUGCCAAUGUAAAUAAACUUUGCUUUUGGAGAACUGCUUAA